UUCUCGGCCAUUCCGGCCAUUCAUAAAACCGAUCGCAAGUGAAGUGCACCGCACAUAAAGAAUAUCUCACCGAAAAUAAAAUAAGUAAAAGCCGGUUUUUGUCUCUCAGCACAGUCAAUAUCCAAGUGACAUUGUCUCAUUAAACUACUAAGAAAAGCACUAAAGAAACCGAUAUUUUACAAUGGCAUCUCUAGCAAAGAAAUUCAUUCCGUUGUUGGAUCGUGUCCUAGUUUUACGGUCGGAAGCAAUCACUAAAACUGCCAGUGGACUUGUUAUCCCCGAAAAGGCACAGGCUAAGGUUCUGCAAGCAACCGUUGUGGCUGUCGGACCGGGACUCCGAAAUCAGGAUGGUAAACACGUCGCACUCGCAGUGAAGGCUGGCGAUACUGUUCUAUUGCCUGAAUACGGCGGUACCAAGGUGGAGCUGGACGAUCAAAAAGAAUACCAUUUGUUCCGAGAGGGUGAUAUACUGGCCAAAAUUCAGCAAUAAUUUAGUUUAGUGUUCGGAGGAGUAUUCCAGUGAUUUUGCAUUUAGCUUGCAUCAGGUUACGCAAACAAAAAUUAUGAAAAACACACAAAAAAAAAUGUAAUUUGGUUGACAAAAAUCGUUCAUUUAGCGUUGUCGAAUUACAACAUUAGAAUAGACAAAGAUUUAUUUGUACAAAA